UAUCGAUAGACAAAUCGUCUUGCGACCGUCUCUAAUAUGCAGGCCGCGAAAGAACUUCAAUAACAGUCUGUUUUUGGUCUCUCCGUGGUGUAUUUGCCUUGAAGUCGAGCGGAUAACGCGAAACCAAGUUGAAGCGACGAGUCGACGAAACGGCGGCCAACAAUUCUAGUCACGCGUGUCGCGAAGCCAAGCGGUAAACAAAAAGCACACACCACACUGCAGUGCCCACCCACCCUUCACCCCCCGCGCAAUAAAAACAACAAAAGCACACACGCAAGGCCACAUUGGAGCAUCAACAACAACAGCAACAACAACAACAAUGGAAGAACUGAACAGCAUAUUACAGAAGACCAAAGAUAAAUCAACGCAAAAGGAGCAGGAUGAGAUUCUGCUGCAGCCCUUCACAUACAUACAACAGAUUCCGGGCAAACAAUUCCGCUCCGAGUUGGCCUUGGCCUUCAAUCACUGGUUGCUCAUACCGGGCGAAAAGUUGGCGCAGAUCGGAGACAUUGUGCAGAUGCUGCACAAUUCCAGUUUGCUCAUUGAUGAUAUUGAAGACAAUUCGAUCCUUCGCAGAGGUGUGCCCGUAGCGCAUUCCAUUUACGGCGUGGCCAGCACCAUAAAUGCGGCCAACUACGCACUGUUCCUGGCGCUGGAGAAGGUGCAGCAGCUGGAUCAUCCGGAGGCCACCAAGGUGUACACCGAACAGUUGCUGGAGCUGCACCGAGGACAGGGCAUGGAGAUCUAUUGGCGCGACAGCUUCACGUGUCCCUCGGAAUCGGAUUACAAGCUGAUGACCGUGCGUAAGACUGGCGGCCUCUUCAUGCUGGCCAUUCGCCUGAUGCAGCUGUUUAGCAACAACAAGGAGGACUAUUCAAAGUUGACGGCUAUAUUGGGCCUGUACUUUCAGAUACGCGACGAUUAUUGCAAUCUGAGUCUGAAAGAGUACACGGAGAACAAGAGCUUUGCCGAAGACUUAACGGAAGGCAAGUUCGGCUUCCCAGUAAUCCAUGCGGUUCGCACCCAGAAGCAGGAUAAACAGGUUUUACACAUAUUACGCCAGCGCACGCACGACAUUGAGGUCAAGAAGUACUGCAUCACCUUGCUGGAAAAGCUGGGCAGCUUUCAGUAUACACGCAAGGUUCUGGAGACGCUCGACGCGGAGGCGCGGGCGGAGGUGGCUCGUCUGGGCAGCAAUCCCUACAUGGACCGCCUCCUCAACAAGCUGCUGUCGUGGAAGACGAGCGAUAGCGCCAGCAUCACGCAAUCGAACCAGAUCAAUCACAACAACGUCUCACGCAGCAGCCCCAACCAGAACACGCUCAAUUGCAAUUAGCAGCCAAAGAGGCAGAAGAGGGAGCAGUCGUGAAUUGCGAACGGCAUAGCCUCUUUUGCCGCCAAUCCCAGACAGCAGCAGGCCAGCAGCCAGCCGACGCCUGCGUGCCUCAGUGCGCCCCUGUUGCGUUUCCUGCAGAAGCUGAAGCUGAAGAUGUUCUGAGAUUUAUGUUACCCUUUGCCAACCGAAAAGCCCACAGAGAACCCUUUACUUUCAACCGAAACUGGAGCGAUGAGAACGGGAA